AAACAGAUGGGCGGAGCCUCUGAUCCGUAGGAGGCGUGUGUGUCUAGUCUGUCAACAACUACCCCCAGCGAAAUGUCUGCCGGAGGAGAGGCGCGAGGCAUUCAGAAUCCAGCUAAGGCGGACAAAGAAUUGGUCCCAGAGCAGUUUUUGAGUCCUAAAAAAGCGAACGAGGUGUCACAAGUGGAAUUUCAAAAGAAGUAUGGAUUUGUGAAGAGGCCGACCCCUCGGAAGACGUCUUCUGGUGGAAAGCAAUACUUUGACUCUGGAGACUACAACAUGGAGGCUUCCAAGACUCAGAGGAAAGAGAUUGCGGCUCACCCAAGAGCCAUGAAUCCCAACAUGGCCCAAAUGAGAAUGAAGGCCACCAUCACAAAGACACAGCCCAGCAAGCUGACCUCCUCCCAGGGCUCCCCACCUGCCCUGGCCAGCAGAGUAGCAAGGGCUUCUCCACUAGCACAGUAACUACUCAGGCUGAACUGUACAUGAAGAGAUUCUCACUGUCUUCUUUACUAUUGCUGCUGUCCUUUGUGUGAUACAAUGUUGCCUGUUUUUUUUCUUCACAGUUGUAGCAUUGUCAAACAGAUGAAUGAUGAAACCACACACACAAACAAGCAAUAUCAGUCACUGUGUAAGAUUAUGCCUCA